GGAGUCGCUUGAGUUUGACUCAAAGGACAGCAGCGCUUGUGUAGUAGUGUUUGCGUGCGUGUAGUGUGUUUGCGUUCGCAGUGUUCAAAGUGUAACGUUACUUCAUUCACAGCAGUUUUCGCGUAUUGUGUAGAUAUGCUCUCUUUGAUUCAUUUUAUUCCUAGACCAGUUCUGUUCUGGCUUUAUGCUGUUCCUAGUUUGGGAGUCUUAAAAUCAGUCGCUCAGUCUGAUUGACAGCAGCGGGUCGCGCGCGAUAAAUCUAAUGUAAACAAACUGGUCAGCGGUCGCAGUUUAGUUAUUUUUGCAUUUACAAAACCACCUGGAAUCGGUGACACUUGCUGUCACAGGUCUGUAAACUGUCUCGGUGUCAGUGUGAGAUGAUCCGGGCCCUGGACUAAGUUACAACCGUUUAUUUGAGUAUCGCAGUGUGUCUCAAUCGUCUCCAGGCCUCAUAUCUGUGGAUGAGGAAGUGAACGGACCGAGCUCACCCAGGAGAAAGGAUCCCAUUUUAUGGGAUAAUCCUCUAUCCUUCCCUCCUGGGUGAAUCGGUGAUCUGUCAAAAUGGAUGAGCAGGAUGCCCUGAAUUCCAUCAUGCAAGACCUGGUGGUGCUGCAUCGAUCCAAGCGACCAUCCGGUCUGUCUGACCUUUGCAAACCGAAGGCCUCCUCUCCUAAGAACCAGAAUGACGUAAGGGUGAAGUUUGAGUACAGAGGAGAAAAGAGGAUCCUACAGUUCCCUCGUCCUCUAAGUCUGGAAGAUUUGAGCGCUAAAGCUAAAGUAGCAUUUGGGCAGAUUAUGGACCUACAUUACACCAAUAAUGAGCUCGUGAUUCCAUUGAGCACUCAGGAUGAUCUGGAUAAAGCUGUGGAGCUGCUGGAUCGCUCUGUGCACAUGAAAAGCUUGAAAAUCCUGCUGGUGGUCUCUUCCUGCACUCAGAUCUCCAGUAAGGAUCUGCUGCCUGCUCAUGAGAACUUGGACAACACCGAUUUCAGAGCUGCAGAUAAAAAGAGUAUGCUGACACUUAUAGGUUCUCAAUCCACCGAUCGCAGUUCUCCUCCUCCAGGCUACAUUCCUGACGCUCUGCAGCAGGUGGCCAGAAACGGCUCCUUCACCAGCAUUAACAGUGAAGGUGAAUUCAUUCCAGAGAGCAUGGACCAGAUGCUCGAUCCUCUGUCUAUGAGCAGUCCUGAGAAUUCAGCAUCAGGCAGCUGUCCUUCACUAGACAGUCCACUCGAUAGCGAAUCCUAUCCUAAAUCCCGAAUGCCUCGAGCCCUGAGCUACCCUGAUAACCAUCAGGAAUUCUCCGAGUAUGAUAUUCCGGUGUUUGAGAAAACAGGAAAGGGUGGAACUUAUCCGAGACGAUAUCACAUCUCAUUUGGUCUGCAGGACUACAGCGAUGGGCGCAAGACGUUUCCCAGGGCACGGCGGACACAGGCUCACGGUUUCCGCUCUCCAGUAAACUUCAGUCCCACAGAACAGCAGAGCCCCAGCACCAGCAGUGGAAGCAGCAUCUUCACGCCCGAGCUGGAGGAACCAGGACGAAGACGGCGUGGAAGCGACAUAGAGCCCAGCUCAAACCCUACUCUCUCAGUAAUGGACAUCAGUCCUCCCAGCCGCUCUCCUCGAGCUCCGACAAAUUGGCGUCUAGGGAAACUCCUGGGACAGGGAGCGUUCGGACGAGUCUUUCUCUGCUACGAUGCUGACACUGGCCGAGAACUUGCGGUUAAACAGGUGCAGUUUGACCCGGACAGCCCAGAGACCAGCAAGGAGGUGAGUGCACUAGAAUGUGAGAUUCAGCUAUUAAAGAACCUUUUUCAUGAGCGUAUUGUCCAGUACUAUGGCUGCUUGCGGGACACGCACGAAAGAACGCUCUCCAUUUUUAUGGAGUACAUGCCUGGGGGCUCCAUUAAAGACCAGCUAAAGUCGUACGGUGCCCUGACGGAAAAUGUCACCCGUAAGUACACACGACAGAUACUGGAAGGUGUUUGCUACCUGCACAGCAACAUGAUCGUCCACAGAGACAUCAAAGGUGCCAACAUCCUUCGAGACUCUGUGGGUAACGUAAAGCUGGGUGACUUUGGAGCCAGUCGACGGCUUCAGACCAUCUGCCUUUCAGGAACGGGUAUAAAGUCGGUGAUGGGUACGCCCUACUGGAUGAGCCCUGAGGUCAUCAGUGGAGAGGGCUAUGGCAGGAAAGCCGAUAUCUGGAGCAUCGGCUGCACCGUGGUAGAGAUGCUGACUCAGCGGCCGCCUUGGGCGGAGUACGAAGCGAUGGCAGCCAUUUUUAAAAUCGCCACACAGCCCACCAACCCCACUUUGCCACCUCACGUGUCCGACCACUCCCGUGAUUUCCUCAAACAGAUUUUUGUGGAGUCAAAACACCGGCCCGCUGCCGAGGACCUUUUACGGCACACUUUUGUCCACUAGCAACACCCCCUUCCUUCGCUGACUAAUCCGUGAUUUCCGUAAGUGUCUGUAGGAUCUUCACCUCUCAAGGCAUAAGAGUCCCCCAGGACCAGUGAAUGGGGGUGACGGAUAACAGCCUAAACUUGCUGCACAGUGGCAAUUUGGAGCAGCUUGUUUCUGUACGAAAACAUUGCACCUUAAUUUCACUCAGGGGUAAGUACCCCUAAAGACUAAAGGAUAUCGGUACCCGUAAAGACUAAAGGAUGAAUUGUUUGUAAGGUUUUUAUUUGUUUUAAAUAUUUUAAUAUUUCCCAUGAUUGUGGAGGGAGAGCCUCGGAUCUGGCGAGUCCGGUUUGGAUGCACUUGGUUAAUGCAGAAUGUCGACUUCAAAACAAAGACGGUACGGCAACACGCUGCUAAAGGGUAAAACAGAGAAAAGAUUUAAAGGAUAACAAGAGGCGUGGGACUCUCCAGUCCAGCUGUCGUGGCUCCAAGUUCUCAUUUUCUUGCACAGUCCUCGUAGUAUAUACACCCACACCCGUACACCGACUAUGAUCAAAGAUCUUACUGUAGAAUAUUGACUCACUUUGCUGUACAAACCUUACAUUUGCUGGAUCGCCACCACAUACCAUCUCUUUCUCUCAUACUUCUCUUCAUUUCAGUCUUUACUGUGUGCCUUUUAAAAAAAACAUCCACGUCCUCCUUCCUCAUUUUUGUAUUUUGCUGUAAUCCACUUCUGGUCAUAUUUCUAGAUUUUUCUAGGUUUAUAUUACACAGCUUUGUGACUUUGGCCUGCACAGGAUUUCUUUGGAAAAGCCCGGCUUUUCGUACUGUUUCUAGAUCAGCAUAAGCAGCUCCGCUCUUGCCUUUCCCCCCAUUGCUCCCUCUGCUGGCAAACUGACCUCAGGUCAGAUUCACCCGUGCAUUUUUUCAAACGCAGUGCCGUACGCUUCAAUCUGAUCAAGUAGGUUGAAUAAACGCACCCACCAAAGCGAAAAACCCAGACCAUGCAGGCAGGGUUUAGUGCCUGGACCGUACCUAAUCGUUAUUUUACAGUAAAAAUCCAGUAGAGUGAUAUGAAAAUGUAUAUCACUAAAGUUGCAAUGACGCUGUAAGUGCACUUCUUAGUAAAGACUACACAACCUGGAUCAUUUCUGCUCACACCAAAAGAUUCCUACUGAUCUUGAUCUUGGUUUUCAAUUCAGAGGUUCUCACUCCAAUGUAUUUCCGAGUUUCGGAAAUCGUAACGUUCUUAGCACUUAAAAGUACUUAACGGUUUACCUACAAACUAACCUCACUAUCCCGCAAUACCUUGGGGCAGCACGUUCAUCCGUUCACACUCAAUGUCUAGCACUUAAGUGCACACUCCUGGAUAUCGCAUACGUUACGUUUUCGCUCUCCACACUCCACAUAGGGAUAUAAUGCCUGCCUUUAGACGUAAAGAAAUACGUACUUUUCUUACCGUGGGUUCACACCAGCUGCGUUUGAGGCGUCAAAAUCGUAUCUACUGCGCCUAGUUUGCCGCUUGAACAGUUUGAGUUUACUAGCUUCAUUCACGCAUGAAAGCAGCACGUGAAAUUGUAGUCAUCGAGACAUUCAUGCGGACUACUAGAGUAAGCUCCUGAUUGGUUAACGCGGCACAUUUUUCUGCCAAAGUUGAAAUUUUUUAACUCGCGUGUUUGCCGCGGCAAUGCUCAAUUCGUCCGAAUGAGGUGGAUUCGUGUCUACCGCAAUUAACACCUCAUUCGUGCUGCGAGAUCUCCAGAUGCGCGUCAACGCGUCUUCACAUUGACUUAGCAUUGAAAUCACUCACGCUUGACGCCUCUACCGCGGCUGGUGUGAACGCAGCAUUAGGCAACCUUUGCUUCUCCUGGAAUCCAGUGGGUGUGAGCUUUCUUUGUAGGGCUGGGAUGAUUCAUACUAAUAGGCUUGUUUGAGUUCAUGCGGCACUGCGCAGACCGAUCAGUGAGGUUUGCCGCUUGCAGUCGAGGGAGGAGCUGAAGACGGAGCCGUCAAGCCGGACACCUGCUACUUGCCGUAGUGACGUGUGCGCCGUGUUUUUUUUUUAUUAUCGCAAAUUAAGUGAAUUAGAUGGUGAAUUUUUUUUAAAACAUACCUUUUAAUAAAAUGUUGCAACUAGAAACAUUUUAUAUCGAAUAUUUUAAUUUGUAUGCCCGAAAAUAACUGUAAACAAGCCUACAUUAUUAAAAUACCAAUAGAGUUUGGUAUUUUCAUUCUUUCAUUUUAUUACACGACACAAUAUAACAUAUUUAUGCAUAUUAACGUGUUUUACCUGUUAGAAAAACAUGAAUUUAUAAUGUUUAUUAGUGAAACUGAAGGUUGGAUUAAACUUGAAACACAGUGGUAGGCGACCAAUCACGAAGAGCUGUGUCGUCAUCAGAACUCUUGAGAGGCUGCGCCGGCUGAUGUAGCCAGCUACUCUCGAAACGCUCUCGCUGUACUUUAAAAUCAUACGUCACAGUCACAUGCUUUUUUGUCAGACAAAAUUACUUACCAGCAUGCACUACUUCAAGUCAGCCGCCAAUCGGGCUGUGCAGCGCAGCAUGAACUCGAACAAGCCUAAUAAUACCUGUCUAAAUCGCUGAGUUUGAGUCGUUUGCAUAACAUGCAACCCUUGUCAAACAUAACUAUAAUAAAUAUUUUAUAUUAUCAUAAAUACCUGAAAAGGUUUGAAGAACAGCGAUUUUAAAUAUGCUUAUAGGCAUUUCCUAAAGCAAGCUGCGCAUUGUACUUCUGCUGCUGCGCAUAUUGAGUUUAUGCACGAGAGCGCCCUCUGGCUUUUGAAUGUAACGGUCUUUCACCAUAAUUUAUUGGAAAGCAUAGCAAGCAGAAUCGCACAAUUAAUUGUCCCAGCCCUAUUUCUUUGCAUCUUUUUUCUGAAGUGCCCUUUUUAUUUGUAAAAUAAUUAAUUUAACCCCUUCAAUGAAGAGAGUAUAGUGCUUAUAGUUUAAGUCGGCGUAAGCACAUGUUUGUUUAUUUAAAGUCACAAUGAAACUGAAGUAGCCAUUGUCUUAUUUUCCCCAUCAUGAUAUAUAUUGAGUGAAAUGGCUUCUGAAAUGAGAUGAAGGUAGGAAGGGACUUGAAUUCAUCGAUUGAGAAUUUAUUAGAUCGUCGGAAGUUAAGUCAUGUUGCUAUUUGCUAAUCGCCGCAAUCUUUUCCUGGGCCCCGUCCUUACGCCAUUCCUCAUGACCGGAAGUAAAAUGGAGGGGAGGAGAUUAGUGUUUUUGAUUAAAGAUUAUGAGCGCACAAGACUUUUUAAAAAUAAAGAAGCUCACAGAUAAGUCAUUUAUAAAAAAUAUGUUCCAAUAAAACUAAAGUUUUUAAUUUUAAUUUCAUUGUGACUUUACAUAACAUAUAGAAAAUUCUGAUGAAAUUAUGUCCCAUAAAUGCUUUGCCUUUUAAUAGGCUGUAUUAAAAUUAGUUCAUGUUUAUGGGCCGUUCGCAUAAACAUGUUAAAGUUGUUAUAUGAUAAGUGUAAACAUGCGCUAGCGUAGUGGUUCCCAAACUUUUCCUUGGGGCGCCCCAUCUGCAUACAUAAAGUAUACGACAAUCUGAGCCCCCAACUGUCUACAUCCAUCUUUCAUUUUGAUUUUGCUGUUGACAGAGAUGUUGAGAUGGAGCGAGCAAAAUUAAAAAAAAAAAAUAUUUAGCAAAAAAUAAUAUUUUACCUUCCUUAUCUUGGCGUUGUAAAAAUGCAUCUUUAUUUGACCUUGAAGCAUAUCAGAUUCCAAGUUGAGAACCACUGCGCUAGCGGAUCAAUGUCCGUUUUACAAAAAUGGAUCUGGAUGUGCGCUAAACAUCUUCAAACAGCGGUUCGAAGCAGGUGCACCUUAAAACACAGCUUCUGUUUCAAUUUCACCACACUCCCAUGGUGUAAAUCACCCCAGGUACUAACUUUUCAGAUGGUAUAAUUACACUCCAAAAAAACGUUUACAGACUUGUUCACCAAUAGUGACAAAGAAAGUCAACCUCCAUGUGUAGCAUUAUUUUUGAAUGAUUUCACUUGCCUGUUUUUGACACCCAGAAUCAUGACAUUUAGGACACCCACUUACGUAGAAUAGACCGUAUUAGCAAUUCUGUAUCCGAGACCCCUCGAGUCGUGACCAUGGCCCACAGUACAGAGACAUAUUUGCAAGUGCUUUCCAACUUUGAGUCUUUAAUGUGCAUGUUAUACUGACCUGCUGUUGCCAACCCCCGGCUAGCUGAAGGAGUUUUUCCACACCCAGUAUAAUUGAGCAAAACGUCCGGUCUGUAGAGAUUUUAAGUGCCAGUUCAUAGAACUAAACCCACGUUUAUCUUUUGUUUGAUUCGAGGAGCAUUACCCGUUGAGAUGGUGUACAGACACGCUACGAGAAAAGUAGGCAGUGUGUGUUUGUAAUGAUGUAUGUACUGUUUGAAAUUUCUGUUGAUGCUGAAAUGUUUGCACAUUUUGAGACCAUAAUUUUUACACUGAUUUGAAUACGUUUACCAGUGUUUUGUCAGUCAUUCUGUGUGUGUUGUUAGCGUGCGUGAUGUUGAUGAAUGCUUUUGUUGUUAAAGAAGACCUGAUAUGAAACUCCUGCCCUGGUUACCAGCUUUGUUGGUUAUGUUGGUCACAUGGUGAUGUGAAGUCUACCCUCUUUUGGCACUUCUGUCCACGAUAAAUAGAGUGGUGGUUGUAGCGUUCACGUUAUGUUUGUGUACACGGUGGUCUUUAAAGGGACAGCUCAACCAAAAAUGAAAAUUCUGUCAUUUUUUACGCACCCUCAAGUUGUUACAAGCCUGUAUAAAUGUCUUUGUUCUAAAAUGUUAAUCGAACGGAUGAGGGGCACCAUUCACUUCCAUAGUAUUUUUUUCUUAAUAUAGAAGUCAAUGGUGCCCCAGAUCUGCUUUGUUACAAAAAAAUAUUUUCAGCAGAACAGAUACAUUUAUACAGGUUUAUAACAACUUUAGGGUGAGUAAAUGAUGACAGAAUUUGUAUUUUUGGGUGAACUAUUCCUUUAAACAAACGUGAACUGUGCUUACAUCUGAAUGCUGAUUGGUGCCCAUGAAACCGACUUGCACCAACAUUACUGGUACCAGGGCUGGAGGAUGUUGCGAUGCAAAUUGGGAAACUUCCUACAGAAAUGUAUGUAAUAUCAGAAUUGAUAUUUUUCACCACUAGGUGGCAUCCUUCAACUUUUUGCCUGUAUAUAUUAAUUAUAGCGAUUUUGUCUGGAAAAAAAUCUUGAUUCUGCAGCUGCAAAAUUCACAGUGUUUAUUAAAUGAACGUUUUUCCAGGUAUUUCUCCAUCAGUAAAACCCAACACACCACUGCUGCCACUCCAGGGUCAUGAAUGCACUUUGUAUUUGUUUGUGUGGAUGGAUAUAUUGUGUGAAUGUGUGUGUCUGUGUUUCAAACAGAGACUUCUUUUACGUGUGACGGUUGAUUGAGAAAAUUGCCAGCGCACUCGGUCCAGAAUGCCUUGCGCCUUGUACAACUGGUGAUAGAAAUGUAAAAAAAAAGACGUUUGGAAAUCUGAAAUGUACUUUUUUAGACAGUUCACUUAUCUGGUACAGAACUAAAAUCUGUUGUUUGUCCUCUUUGUCUAUUGAAUGAGAAAAGCCAUGUUUAUAAUUCAAUUUGGUUUGUGACCAAUAAGCCUGUUUAUAUCAAAUCUGUAUAUCAGUGGUACGCAUAUUUUUUUUAUAUAUAUAUUUUUAUUUUAUUUUAUUUUUUAAUCGAAAUCCUACGCAUGAUUGGCAUCGGAAAGGCCCAUUGCAGGAUGACAUCAUUAAAUUGUCUAUGACGACUGGCACUUUGUAAAGUGUUGCUAACGAUUAUGAAAAUAAAUAAUAAAAGAUAUUUAUUUCACAUUUCA